CCGACGUCGUAUUUUGGAGCCGCAGCACCAUUUUGGCUCAAGCCUCCCAGGCGCAUCAGCGGGCGCGGCACGGGGCAGUUGGAGUCCACCGCACGACACCCGAACGGCGGGCACGGCAUGGGGCAGUCGGCGCUGUCCCGCACCGCGGAGGCCACAACAGUGAGCACGCUGGCGGGCAGCGACGCUUCGGGGUACGCGGACGGGCAGGGCGCGGCGGCCAGCUUCUAUCGUCCGACGGGGGUGGCGGUGGACGGCGCGGGCAACGUGUUCGUGGCCGACUGCUACAACCACCGCAUCCGGAAGAUCUCGGCGGGCGGAGCCGUGAGCACAUUGGCGGGCAGCGGCGCUUCGGGGUACGCGGACGGGCAGGGCGCGGCGGCCAGCUUCUAUCGUCCGACGGGGGUGGCGGUGGACGGCGCGGGCAACGUGUUCGUGGCCGACUGCUACAACCACCGCAUCCGGAAGAUCUCGGCGGGCGGAGCCGUGAGCACCUUCUGGUUUCCGCGGGGGGUGGCGGUGGACGGCGCGGGCAACGUGUUCGUGGCCGACUGCUACAACCACCGCAUCCGGAAGAUCUCGGCGGGCGGAGCCGUGAGCACGCUGGCCGGCAGCGGCGCUUCGGGGUAUGCGGAAGGGCAGGGCGCGGCGGCCAGCUUCUGGUAUCCGGAGGGGGUGGCGGUGGACGGCGCGGGCAACGUGUUCGUGGCCGGCAAAUUCAACUACCGCAUCCAGAAGAUCUCGGCGGGCGGAGCCGUGAGCACAUUGGCGGGCAGCGGCGAUGAGGGGUACGCGGACGGGCAGGGCGCGGCGGCCAGCUUCUGGUGUCCGGCGGGGGUGGCGGUGGACGGCGCGGGCAACGUGUUCGUGGCCGACUGCUACAACCACCGCAUCCGGAAGAUCUCGGCGGGCGGAGCCGUGAGCACACUGGCGGGCAGCGGCGUUUCAGGAAGUAGUUUCGCACAUCCAGCAUUCACUGCUCACUUUCAUCGUUUCAUUGGUACAGAGCAGGCCGUCGAUUUUCCCCAGCUGAAGCAUGCGAAAUGUAUCUGGGAAGGUAUAAUUCAAGGAUUUGGAAUCGAGUGCGCGGGCAAAUCUCAGGAACGAGGGCUUCGAGGAAUUUGCAGGACAGGAGUUGUCGCAAGUGUGAGAUUCGACAGCUAUGCCCAAGGAUCAGGUUCAUCUAAAGCAGCAGCUGCGCAUGAGGUACACUGAAGCUGAAGCCCAAAUACGAAGAGUCUGGUGGCUACCUGUAUUACCCCAGCUCAUUUAACAAAAAGCGGUGCAGGGAACAGAGAGCGGGGCGUCGUUGCCACGGUGAAUGCGGAAGUCUCAGGAGUAAGCCAAGCGAGGAUUCAUGUUGGGCGUUAUCUUUCCGCUGGCACUUGAAUUUGAUUUCAGGUUGGGGUAUCAUGCUGCAAACCGUUGAGCGGGAUUGGAUCCUGGGUGAAGGCCAGGAGGAGGAGGCUGUGAUGGCUGCAUCGCUGCAGAUCCCAAUCGUGCAGUGCCGGUAUGAUGAGGACCGCUACGCUUUCAUGUUCAAGGUGCUUGGCUAAGUACAAUUCGCAGGAGGCUGCGCUGCUGCGGCUAUUGCAGCGUUGGGCCACCUCGUCGUUAUUUCCUGCUCUGGAGAAAAAGCAUAUCCUGU